UUGUUUGCCGUCUUUCCUCGUGUUCAGUUUUGUUGACUUGAUUGGUGGUUUGAAUUAAAAAAUAAAAAAAUAUAUAAAAAUAAAAUUUAUACAAAAACAGAAAAUAAAAGAAUCAAAUUUUUUUAAGUGAAGUUAUUUUACUCGCAAAUACGAAAUAGAUAACAUGGUGAUUGAAUAGCUGAAUUGAUUAAAAGAAAGCCAACAUAAAAUUAUUUAUGUCGCAUCGUAAAAAAUAAGAGAACAAAAAAAAGUUUACUAGUCGUACAAAUUGUCAUUUAAAUCUCAAAAGAAAUCUCUCUCGAUUUUUUUGGAAACGAUAAGACAUUUAACUUUCUGUUAGACAUGGUGUUAGUUCUAAAUGGUGUGUUGCAAGAUGAAUGCAUUCCACUCGAUACACACUCAUUAUUCAUGCAACAUCCGAUUUAUAGAGAUACGGCAAAUCAAUUAUUGUCAAUUCCAUCAAAAACUGUUGGGCCUGUUGGAUUGCUCUACGUUGCACAACGUGAAUUAGCUGCAAUUGCACCGCAUGAUAAAAAUGUUCAUAUUAUCGGCUCGGAUGAUGCUACCAGUUGUAUAAUUGUUGUUGUUAGACAUUCUGGUUCAGGAGCUAUCGCAUUAGCUCAUUUAGAUGGCAGUGGAACAGAUGAAGCUGUAUCGACAAUGGUAUCACGUGUACAAGAGCUUGCAUUGGGAUAUCCUGAGGGUAGAAUUGAAUUGCAAUUGAUUGGUGGUUUUCGAGAUCCACAAGGCUAUGCAGAGGAUUUAUUCAGUAAUAUUAUGCAAUCCUUCCAUAAACAUCCAAUGGAAAUUGAUUUAACACAAGCAUGUAUCGGAGAAGUUAAUACAAUAGUACGAGGAGAAAUUAAUUGGCCUAUAAUUUAUGGAAUUGGGGUGAAUACUAGAACUGGAGAAAUUUUCCCUGCUACAUUCCCAGAUAAAGGACCAGAUUUAUGCUUGAGAUCCGCAAGACACUUCACGGGAGGUCACACAGUUCUCGAUGUUUAUGACUCGCAAUUAGGAAUGCUGCGAAUUGGGCCAUUCAACUAUGAGCCUUUACGAGGUGUUGACUUGUGGCUUUCACAAACAGAUGAGUUCAUUUUGCAGCAUCUCUCAACAACACCUGACGUUGAACCACCACAUUUUGUUAUGCAAGUUCGUGCUACUUUAAAGUUUAUUCAAGAGAAUCAGUUCCCUGCAAUCACGGUAUUUAGAGAAAAUCGACCACUUUACUACAGACGAGAUGAAAAUUCUGGCUUAUGGAGUCAUGUUCGUUAUUAGAGACAGAUGAUAAUCAAAAUUAUACCACUCAAAUUUUUAAAAACAUUAUGUAUAAUCAAGUUUAAAAUAAUCUUUCAGAUUCAAAUGCUAUUUCAUACUAUAAUUAAUGCUAUUUUUGUUCAACUCUUUUCUGAUUAAUGGAAAUUCUAAAAAUUUCAAGUCUAAAUAUAUAUUAUUUUAUGUUGUAACGGUUUAUUUGUAAAUAAAAAAUCCAGACGUUAGUUUAAAA